UUGCCUGUGGGUGACUAAUCGCACAAUAACAUUGUUUUGGGGGCUGGAAUAAAGUCGGAGCUGUUUACCCCCACUCUAUAGGGGUUCAAUAUAAAAAGCCGGACGGAGAGCCGUCCGAGCCAGACGCCUUCCUGCACCGGCGCUGCCAGCUCGACCCGGGCUGCGCCGCUGUCCCCGCGCCCUGCCUCCCGGGCUGCCCGCGCCGCUCUCGCCGCUGGCUGAGCGAGGUCUGCGCCUAGAGCUCAGCAACCGGAGGCGAUCGGGGACACCGGACGUCGUCCUCUCCGUUUUGCAUUGACUUUCCUUUGCAAUCGAGUUUUUUUUCUUCUUCUUCUUUUCCUUUUUUUUCUUGUUUUUUUUUUUUCCCCCUUCUUCUUUUGAUCCCCUUGCAGAAUGGAUUAUCUUCCCGUGGUCUUCUCCCUGCUGUUGGUGGCUUUCCAGGGAGCUCCAGGGACAGCUGUCCUGGGAGCAGAGCUCAGCACCCAAGCUGAGAAUGGAGGGCAGAGGACCCCUCCCAGCACCUCCUGGAGACCCCGAAGGUCCAAGCGUUGUUCCUGCUCUUCCUUGAUGGACAAGGAGUGUGUCUACUUCUGCCACCUGGACAUUAUCUGGGUCAACACUCCCGAGCGCGUUGUUCCAUAUGGCCUGGGAAGCCCUUCCAGGUCCAAGCGUUCCUUGAAGGAUUUACUUCCUACCAAGACCACAGACCUCGGGAAAAGAUGUCAGUGUGCGCACCAAAAAGACAAGAAGUGCUGGAACUUCUGCCAACCAGGGAAAGACCUUGGAGCCCAAAACACCAUGCAGAAAGGCUUGGACGACGACAAGAAGAGAAAAGGCUGUUCCAGGCUGGGAAAGAAGUGUAUCUAUCAGCAGCUGGUGGAAGGAAGAAAACUCAGAAGGUUGGAGGCCAUCAGCAACAGCAUCAAGGCAUCUUUUCGCGUUGCCAAGUUGAAAGCUGAACUCUAUAGAGACCAGAAGUUGAUACACAACCGAGCCCAUUGACCAGAGAGCUUCUCGGUGUCUUGGAAGCCGUUACUUCCAUAGAGAAAGUCCCAUGGCCAACUCUGAACUCUCCAUGCUGUCUGGGAUCUUAGCAAGAACAUCUGUCCAGCUUCUACAGUUGCUUGUUUAGACUGGCAAAGGACCAGCACCCUUGUUCCAAACAUUCCAAGAAAGGUUGAGGUGUUCCCUAACCUGUCUUCAUUUGCAUCUGCUGGUAGCGAACUGCUUUUUGCCUCUUCUUGCUGCUUGGGAAUGAGAGUGGACCUCUCAGAGAAUGGAGACAUGAUGCCAUUCUAGGGUGCCAUCAUCCAGAGAGCAAGGAGAUUCCACACCAGGGUGGAGUUUCAGCAGAAAGUCCUUAGGGAGUGUUUGUGUCUGACUCAGGCGCCUGGCACUUUUCAGGGAGAAACUCCAAAGUCCAUGCAAAAAUUUCUGAGGAAUGCACAAAUUGAAAACAUACUCGAAGGACAAACACUUGAGUUAAAAAAAAAAAAAAGAAAGAAAGAAAAGAAAAGAGGACAAAGACUUUUUUUUUUAAGUUGUAAAAUGCAAAACUCAAAGCAACUGUUACUACUGUACAUUAGGAUGUGUUUCCUGAACAUGAGUCUACCUCACUUUACUGCACUGUCAUGCAUAGUUCCCACCUUUAAUUAUUCCCUCCUUAUACUCUCUCCUCUUCUGCCAACAAGCUCUCCAUCCCCUGUACUGAAUCCUCACCUCAUAGAAGUCUGGUCCAAUUCGUCAGUCAGUAGUAGAUUUCCAUGCUAAUUUCCAUGCUAAUCUGCUAAACUCUGCUCUAUGAGAAAAAGGAUGAUGGAAUCAGGCCCCUACCCUUGUGACCUUGGGAAGCACAAUGGUUUUUUGUGAACAAUGUUUAAAAUCUGGUUGUGCCUUAUAGGAGUAAAAGUACGUUCCCAUCUGUAACUGGCUAAUGGAAGAGGAUAGAUUGAACUUUGGUGUACUUAUUUUUUUUAUAGAUAUUUAUAUUCAAACAAUUUAUUCCUUAUAUUUACCAUGUUGAA